AUGACUCGGCCGAUGCAUCACGUCGUCCGUCGGCGCCGCGUUGACGCCGUUUUACGGAAGACUAUGGUGCUGCUACUUUUGUUGUUGGUGUUCUCCUUGUCGUCGUUCACAUCGGCCGCCGCCGAGUGCCCGGCCAAAUGCAUGUGCUUCAAGACGACUGUCCGCUGCAUGUUCCUGCAUCUGGACCGGAUACCCGACCGCAUAUCUCCGGCUACCACCGUGCUGGACUUGAGAUUUAAUAAAAUCAAGGAUAUCGAACCCAAAUCAUUAGCUCACCUGACAGAGUUAAACACCUUAUUGUUGAACAACAAUAAUAUAAACGAUCUGAAAAAUGGUGCAUUUGCAAACCUUUCGAAGCUUCGAUUAUUAUACUUGUAUAAAAACAAAAUCGAAAACAUCGAGACUAGGGUAUUUAAUAACUUAACGAGCUUGGAACAAUUAUACUUGCAUUUCAACAAAAUUCAUAAGCUCGAUUUGGAAAUGUUUAAGGGACUUACAAAACUGGAAAGACUAUUUUUACACAACAAUAGGAUAAGAAAAAUUCCACCUGGAACAUUCGAUUCAUUAACGUCGUUGGGUCGUUUACGGCUAGACAGCAACCUGUUGACAUGCGAUUGCGAUAUUCUGUGGUUGGUAAACGUGCUGAAGAAAAGUCACACCUCGGGAGAAGAAUUCGGGGAGUUCACUGCGACGUGUCAUUUUCCCGUAGAAAUGAGCGGAAAAUCGUUGAUGGAAAUGACCGAAAACGAUUUUCAUUGCAACGAGUUGCGGUUUAAAGAAGAACCCAACGACGUGACCGUGUCAUUUGGGGGUUCUGCGUUUUUCACGUGCAAGGUAGAAGGCAAUCAGAACGUGAAAACGAUUUGGACUCGCGACAACAACGAGAUUGAUAUGACCGAUUCGAGGUAUUCGAUGACCAACGACGGGCUCAUGAUCAAAUCCGCGUCGUUGAAGGACGUCGGCACGUACGAAUGCAUGGUGAAAAAAGAAAACAUCGAGUUGAAGUCACGACCGGCCAAAAUCAUAUUAGAGUCCAGCGCGACAGCCGACACGCCUCCGGAAAUCAUCGUGGAACCGGGCCACAAGACGGUGUCGGUCGGCGAACAGUUGCGACUAGCGUGCGAAGCCGUAGGAGUGCCCGAACCGUCUAUAACGUGGGCCAAAGACGACAUCAAUCUAGAACUUGGCCAAAGAGUUCAGGUAUUUCAAAACAAUACAUUGAUUAUAUCUAAAGUGGAAAGAACGGACGUCGGUCAUUAUAAAUGCGUGGCGUCCAAUUAUCUGGGACGAGUAUCUUCCGAGGCGAUGGUUAACGUAAACGCUCCUCCGGUCAUCGUUAGCGCUUCCCACGACAUAACCGUGAAAACUGGCGCCACUGUUGAACUCCAGUGUCUGGUCGAGGGAUAUCCUAAGCCCGUUGUCACCUGGUUCAAAGACGGCCGUUCGAUCACGCCGGGUCCGAGGACAUCGUUCCACAACGAAAGAACGACGUUACGCGUGGAACACGCAAAAGACGGCGACAGGGGUAUGUUCACGUGUUUGGCUCAAAAUUUGGUUGGAUCGGCCGAGAGCAACAUCGAAAUAAAGGUCAGAGGAUACGGUCCCAGACGUCCGAAGCUUCUGAUAAAGCCGUUCGACAUGGAAGCCCCGCAGAGGACAAGCAUCGAAGUGCCUUGUAAAGCUGAUGGAGAUCCCACGCCAAACGUCACAUGGACCAAAGACGGCGUUGAUCUUGUCCAAGACCAAAACCACAAAAUCAACAGCAUUGGAAGUUUACGUUUGUUCAACAUAUCUUUCGCCAAUUCUGGUGUGUAUGAGUGCACAGCCAAGAAUAUACAUGGGCAAGAGUCGGCUAGAGGCACAAUUGCGGUUCUAGGUGAUGUAUUAGAACAAUCACCCGGGGACCGUUUCGUCAAUUUGGCAUUCCGUGAGGCCAACUUGGAAGUCGACAGAGCGGUAAACGCUACGAUUAAUUCGUUGUUCGGUUCCAACGACAGAGUCAUGAAUCCGGAAAAGUUGAUGAGAAUGUCCAGGUUCCCAGACGUGUUCGCCAGAGAUGUGGCCAAAUCAGCCGAUAUUUUCGAAAGGACAUUGGCGAACGUCCGGAAACACGUGCAAGCCGGACUCAAGGUUAACUUGACCGAAAAUUUUUCUUACAGAGACCUAUUGUCAGUGGAACAAUUGGACUUGAUUGCUAAUCUAUCCGGAUGUCUGAAAUACCAAACAAAGCCCAAUUGUAGCGACAUGUGUUUUCACACCAAAUAUCGGACGGUAGACGGUACCUGUAACAAUUUACAAAAUCCACUGUGGGGGUCGUCUCACACGCAAUUCAGACGGAUUUUAAAGCCAAUAUAUGAAAAUGGAUUCAACACGCCGAUUGGUUGGACUAAAGGUAUGAAGUAUUAUGGUUUCGAAAAGCCCGGCGCUAGACUAGUGUCGACGUCCAUGAUUCGCACAAACGAAAUCACCUCUGACGAAGAAAUCACGCAUAUGGUGAUGCAAUGGGGUCAAUUCUUAGAUCACGACUUAGACCACGCCAUACCGUCGACAACCAAAGAGAGUUGGGAAGGUUUGGACUGUAAGAAAACGUGUGCCUAUUCUUUUCCAUGCUUUCCGAUGGAUGUGCCGCCAAACGACGACCGCAUAAAAAAUCGUAGGUGUAUGGAUUUCAUUCGAAGUAGUUCCAUAUGUGGUACUGACACGACAUCGGUGUUCUUUGAUAAGCUACAGCCCAGAGAACAAAUCAACCAAUUGACGGCUUUCAUCGAUGGUUCACAAAUCUACGGAUUUACAAGCGAUCGUUCGUUUAUACUGCGAGAAGUUCAAACGGGUUUUGGUCUGAUGCGAGGUGGUAUAUCGUCCAAUUUCGGUAAAGAAAUGUUACCAAUUGCCGGAGCCGACGAAGUGGACUGCAGGAGAGACCUGACGGAGAGCGACACUGGAUGUUAUUUGGCCGGCGACAUUCGAGCAAACGAACAGGUGGGCUUAUUGGCCAUGCAUACAAUUUGGAUUAGAGAACAUAAUCGUAUCGCCAGAGAGUUACGCAAGAUUAAUCCGCACUGGGAAGGAGACGUCUUGUUCCACGAAGCGCGGAAAAUCGUGGGCGCGGAAUUACAGCACAUAACCUUCAAGCAUUGGAUGCCCUACGUACUCGGACCUAAGGGCAUGGACUUGUUGGGCCAAUAUCAAGGAUACGACCCAACCGUAGACCCGUCCAUAUCCAACGUGUUUGCCACAGCUGCCCUCAGAUUCGGGCAUUCAAUCAUUAAUCCGGUUUUGAGCCGGCUCGAUGAUAACUUCACUACUAUUCCUCAGGGUGACUUGUCACUGGGAAAAGCGUUUUUCACACCAUGGCGUUUGUCCGAUGAAGGUGGCACGGAUCCUCUGAUGCGUGGGUUCUUUGCCGUACCUGCCAAAAGAAAAAUGCCCAAACAGAACCUGAACGAUCAGUUAAUCGAUCAUUUGUUCACAUCGGCGCACGCCGUAUCAUUAGACUUGGCGGCAAUGAACAUACAACGCAGCAGAGACCACGGCAUUCCCGGUUAUACCGAAUGGAGGACAGUGUGUAACAUGUCUAAAGCUGAAAGUUUCGAUGACCUCAAAAACGAAAUCAGUGAUAAUGAUGUGAGAAAUAAACUUAAGGAACUGUAUGGUCACCCGGGUAAUAUCGAUGUUUGGGUCGGAGGAAUUCUCGAAGAUCAAGUAGCCGGAGGUAAAGUCGGUCCGUUGUUCCAAUGCUUAUUGAUAGAACAGUUUAAAAACUUAAGAAAUGGUGACAGAUUUUGGUACGAAAAUCCUUCGACUUUCAGUCCAGCAAAACUCACACAAAUCAAACAAGCUUCACUUGCUAGAGUUCUCUGCGAUAAUGGAGACAAUAUCACUCUGACGUCUAGAGAUGUGUUCAAGUUACCCGAACUACAAUCGCCCAAGUUAUUACCAUGUAAAUCGAUUCCAAGUAUUGAUCUGAGACUUUGGUUUGAAUGCAACGGAGAUUGUCCCGGAGAAAAUGCGUCUAAAGAAAUGGAAGAACUCAGGUCCAAAGACGCAUUGGCCAAAGUAAUGAACAUGACUGAGGGAAAACUAGAAGGUCUAAGUCAGUGGCUCGACGGGCUUAAAUUGGACAUUAAGAGAUUAAAACGCGAACUCAGACAUUUGACAAAAGCGAAUAACAGUGGAUGUUAUGAUGACACUGUCAAAAGGAGGCGCAGAGACGGACGAACUUGGGUUUCCAAAAAAUUGUACUAA